GUUUUCAGACAAGAAAGAAAGGCUGAUGCAUCUUAAAACCAAACAGAGAGAAUUCCAAAAACAUGUUUUGAAGGCCAUGGAAAGAUGGAAAAUAAUGUCUUGCAAGAUGAGGAUUGAGCAGCUGAAACAGACCAUUUGCAAAGAAAAUGAUGAAAUGACAAGACACGCGGAGGGGCUUCUGAGAAUUAAAGAGGAAAACCAGAAGCAUUAUCGCAGGGCUCAGCGGCAUCAGGAGAAGAAAGAGAAGAUCCAGAGGCACAACCGCAAGCUGGGAGACUUGGUAGAGAAAAAAACCUAUGACUUGAAAACCCAGUAUGAGCAUCUGGCAAAUCUUCGUCGGACGCAUAUCCUGGAGCUAACAUCAGUCAUAUUUCCCAUUGAGGAAGUAAAGACAAGCAUGAGAGAUCCUGCAGACGUGUCUUCUGAGAGUGACAAUGCUAUGACCUCUAGCACUGUGAGCAAGCUCGCGGAAGCCAGGAGAACCACGUAUCUCUCUGGGAGAUGGGUGUGUGAUGAUCAUAACGGGGACACCAGCAUCAGUAUCACAGGGCCUUGGAUAACCCUCCCUAAUAACGGGGACUACUCAGCGUAUUACAACUGGGUGGAAGAGAAGAAGACUACGCAAGGACCAGAUAUGGAACAUAAUAACCCUGCUUAUACCAUCAGUGCUGCAUUGUGCUAUGCAACUCAGCUUGUUAACACUUUGUCUCUCAUACUUGACGUCAAUCUUCCCAAGAAGCUCUGCAACAGCGAGUUCUGUGGAGAGAAUCUCAGCAGACACAGGUUCACACGGGCAGUGAAGAAGCUGAACGCUAAUAUCCUUCACCUUUGCUUCUCUCAGCAUGUAAAUUUAGAUCUGUUGCACCCACUGCACACGCUCAGGAACCUUAUGUACCUGGUCAGCCCAGACACUGAGAACUUGGGCAGGUCUGGGCCUUUCGAAAUCAGCGCUGAUCUCGAAGACUCCAUGGAGUUUGUGGAUCCCAGUGCCACCGGCGAAACGGAUGAGAGCGGAGACGAGCACGUCAGUGAUGAAGAGACAGACCUAGGGACAGACUGGGAGAAUCUGCCGAGCCCCAGGUUCUGCGAUAUCCCCUCGCAGCAGGUGGAGAUGCUGCAGAGCCAGAGCACGCAGGUAUCUCAGCCCAUUGCCAGCAGCAGCGCUGGUGGAAUGAUCUCGUCCGCUGCUGCCUCGGUGACCUCAUGGUGGAAGGCGUACACUGGGCAUCGCUAA